AUGAUGCAAAGUGCGGCGGUCCUUCCCACAGAGAGUCCCGUUAAGAGUUUACCGGACAUCCUGGGAGUGCCACUGCAGCAAAUCCCUCAGUGUGCGGGUUGCAGUCAGCACAUAGUGGACAAGUUCAUCCUGAAGGUCCUGGACAGACACUGGCACUCCAAGUGUCUCAAGUGCGCCGACUGCCACUCGCCACUGGCUGACAAGUGCUUUUCCAGGGCCGGCAGCGUCUACUGCAAGGAGGAUUUCUUCAAGCGCUUCGGAACAAAAUGCGCGUCAUGCCAACAGGGGAUCCCUCCCACGCAGGUGGUGAGGAAGGCGCAGGACUUUGUGUAUCACCUGCACUGCUUUGCCUGCAUCAUGUGCAGCAGGCAGCUGGCCACCGGGGAUGAGUUCUACCUCAUGGAGGAUGGCAGGCUGGUGUGCAAGGUGGACUAUGAGACGGCCAAGCAGAACGAUGAUUCUGAGGCAGGGACCAAGCGACCGAGGACCACCAUCACGGCCAAGCAGUUGGAGACCCUCAAAAGUGCCUACAAGAAUUCCCCUAAGCCAGCACGACAUGUCAGAGAGCAACUUUCCUCCGAGACGGGCCUUGACAUGAGAGUCGUGCAGGUUUGGUUCCAGAACCGCCGAGCGAAGGAAAAGCGUUUAAAAAAAGAUGCGGGUCGCCAUCGCUGGACUCAGUUUUACAAAAGUGUUAAACGCAGCCGAGGAGGAUCCAAAGUGGAGAAAGAGAGCUCAGCGGAUGACGCGGGAAUAAGUGACAGCGAGUUGAGCUUUCGAGAUGACCAGGUUCUCUCUGACCUUGGCCAUGCCAACGGUUUGUAUGGUAGCGUUAGCGACAUGACGAGUGGCGCGGCGCUAAACGGCAGUUUUUCGGUGGACGCGGCUGCCCAAGCGUACCACGACAUCCGCGCCGGUAGCCCCUACGGCCUCCCGCAGUCGCCCUCCUCCAUCACCUCCCUCCCCGGCCACACCCCGCUCCUCAACAACCUGGCAUUCACCAUGGACGCUCUGGGGGUGCCGGGCGGGCCGGGCGGCGUGGGCCAGGCUCUGAGGGCUAUGGCGGGCGGGCCUACCUCAGAUCUCUCCACAGGCAGCAGCACGGGGUACCCUGACUUCCCCACCAGCCCUGCGUCCUGGCUGGACGAGAUGGACCAAUCCCAAUUCUGA